AUGUUGAAAACAUCCUUAAAGGCUCCACCCGUGCCUAUCUUAUCUGCCGCGUUCCUUCCGGCUAUCAUCGGCGAGUGGAGCGCUAUCAACCAGAUUAUCAGUUUCACCCCGCCGCUGUCAAUUGCAGGGCGUGCGACCAUCCCGGACGUGUCCCUUUUCAAAAAGGAAGGGAGUGUUCGAUUAAACGUCUUCAACUUCAAGGAAAUUCAAAAGUUUCCCAUCACACAUUCGCAAUGGGUUCGGUUUCCCCCUAACGUGGCUGAGCUGGACGGCUCCAACUUCAACAUCACCCGCUCCACUAACUUGCGGGAUGUGCCUCUCCCCGGCUCCCCUGAGGAGCUGAGCCACUCCUACUGCACUGACCACAUGGUCACCGUGCGGUGGACUGUCGGCAAUGGCUGGGAGACGCCCGAGGUCAAGCCUUAUGAAAAUCUGAGCAUCCCACCCACCGCCUCGGUCCUCCACUACGCCACCGAGUGCUUCGAGGGCAUGAAGGUGUACCGCGGCUACGAUGGCAAGCUGCGUCUGUUCCGCCCCGAUUGCAAUGGCGAGCGUCUGAACACCUCUUCCCAGCGGUCCUCGCUGCCGGGCUUCAAGUAUGAUGAGCUGAAGAAGCUGGUUGCCAAGCUGAUGCAGAUCGAUGGCCCACGCUGGCUGCCCAAGGAGCGCCCUGGCUCGUUCCUUUACAUCCGCCCUACUGUCAUUGGCAACGGUCCUCACCUGGGCGUCCAGGUCCCCAAGGAGGCCCUCCUCUUCAUCAUUGCCGUCCCCUGGCCCGAUUUCACCAAUAUGAAGAAGGAAGGCCAGCCUGUUUCCAAGGGUCUCAAGCUCUUCGCCUCCAAUCCCGACAGCAUCCGCGCCUGGCCCGGCGGUUUCGGCUACGCCAAGCUCGGUGCCAACUAUGGCCCAUCUCUGCAGGCUCACGGCAAGGCUCAAGCUAUGGGCUUUGACCAGAUUCUCUGGCUAUUCGGCGAGGAUCGUCAGGUCACCGAGGCUGGCGCCAGCAACUUCUUCAUUAUCUGGCACAACGCCGACACCGGCCGCCUGGAGCUUGUCACUGCUCCUCUGGAGAACCAGCUGAUUCUGCCUGGUGUUACCCGCCGCAGUGUUCUGGAGCUGGUGCGCGAGCGUCUGUCGGAGCAGUCUGUUGGCAAGCUUGCGCCUCUACAGGUUUCCGAGCGGACUCUGACCAUGGCCGAAAUCGAGAAGGCUGCACAGGAGGGUCGUAUUGUUGAGUCGUUCGUUUCUGGCACUGCCUACUUCAUCACCCCUGUUGCCAUGAUCCGCAACAACGACAACGAUAUCAGCACCCUGGGCAAGGACGGUGAGCCUGCUGGCUACGCUGCCCAGAUCAAAUCCUGGUUGGAGGCCAUCAUGUUUGGCAAGGAGGAGCAUGAGUGGGGCUACGUCGUUGAGGAGGAGAAAUAG